AGGAAUUUUAAAAAUGGCAGGCUAAAGGAAUAUAUGAUCAAAUGGGAGGCUCUUGUGCCACCAGCAUUUCUAUGCCAUCCCAUUUGCCAUGCAGGAAGGCUGAGCAACUGCAAAUCGAACGGCUUCCAAGGAGGUUUUGGUGUGGGGCCUAUUGUGCCAAUAACCCCCUUGGGGCUACCAUGGCUGGUGUUUGCCAACUUGGCUUUCGGAUAUUGAUACUUUAUGACCUUCUCCCCUAUAAUGCCCCUGGCGGCAUUACAGUUAUGCCGCAAAAUGGCGGCUGGUUUCCUAUAACACCCCAAACCCUAAACCUGGACUAGCAAAACUAUAUUUCUCUGUUCAGAAAACAUGGGGGGGGGGGGCAAUAAUCAAUGACAGUUACUUACUGUGAUGACUUGAUCCAAAUAACAUGCCAAUAUAAGGAAUGAUUCCAGAACCAUCUGAAUCAUCCCCAUAUUUAUCUAGUCCGGUGAGAUUUGUGAAUCCAGUCUUCAGCUCAGCUACCUGGAUGUUCAGUGCAGCCUUAAUUGCACCCCAGACCAGAACAAAACCUUUUGAUGUCCACUUCGUUUAUCUGUUGCAGGCUACUGGAAUACUCAAUGCUGUCCUUCAAAAAUAUGGCACUUACGAGAGCUUUGAGGCCUCCAAUGGUGGAAAGCUGCUUACCAAAUGCCAAAUCUGGUCCAUCACCAGGAAGUAUAUGCAGAAGGAAGGCUGCUCUGGAGAGGUGGUGGUUCAGCUCACAGAAGACCUCCUUUCCCAGGCGGUCAUGAUGGUGGAAAACAGCCGCCCAACGUUAGCAAUCAACCUCUCUGGAGCGCGUCAGAACUGGCUGGAAGGCAUGUUGCGCCAUGAGAUAGGUCAGCUCUGAAAGAUCUCUCCCACUUUUGCCCCUUGUGCCUUAAAAGUGAACUUAGGUCCUUUGAAAAUUCAUAAAGCACGUUGGCCUUGGUGAGACGAGAGGGGCAUGGAGGCUUUUCCCUUUUUCUGCAUUGGCUGAAGUUCCGGGUUGAAAGAAACUCCAAGGAAAGCAAAGCCACAACUCGAGGUUUGGUCCAACUUGCAGCUGGUUAGUCCAGCUGCAGCGUAAAAACUCCCAAGUUUGGUUUAUAUUUUGUAGGGAGGUUUUGGCAACACAGUGAUAGUCCUCAACGUUUGUGGCCACAAUUAAGCUUCACAUUUCUGUGACUGAGUAACUUGAUUGUUAAGUGAAUUUUGUCUAUUUUGCCCAU